AUGACCCGCGGAAAGGCCGGCCCGGCAGCAGCAAGAAGCGGCCCUCCAGCCAACUCGACUCCGCUUUGCCCUCAAGCAAGCGGUCCUGCUCCAUGUCUCCAACAAAGGUGCCAAGUACCGCCCAAUCAGGUUCAUUGGCGCAUCAUUCUCCGGGAUUAUGGCGAGCUCUCGAUCAGCAUUGCUUGCUGCACUGUUCGAGAGCCAAGAGAAGGGUCCUCUGGUGCCAAGGGAAAGACUGGUACGCGGGCGUUUAAGGCAAUCGGGGCGCUCCUCGGCGAGCAGCAUUCGUUCAUGCACGAUCUGGAGUCGUUUUUCUGGGUGCUUUUCUGGAUAUGCAUUCAUUAUGAUGCAGAUGGCAAAGAUGUUGGCCUGACCGGGUUUGAUAGGUGGAACUACGAGAGCGACGACACGUUGGCUGAGGUCAAGAUGGGUGUAGUUGCUGACGAGCAAUACUUUCAGCAAAAGAUUACGGAGAGCUUCACUGCACAAUACCAGCCACUAGUGCCCUGGGACACAAAACUAUGA